GCGAUUCCUCUGAGACUGACGUGCGUACUCAUCACAUUAAGGAGCGCAGUUUAAAGAGCUUCAUUCUUCAUUCAUGUUCAUUCUGCUGCCUGAACUUGUUGAACGGCGAUAAAGAGCAAGGGGACAGGACAGGGAGGACUGUUAUAGGAGGGGCAUUCAAGAAAUCGCCAGAUCGCCACGCAGGACAAGGACCAUGAUUGACAGCCAGGGAAGCUGAGGAGACCUGUCACUCAUCUUCAUAUCAGCGUGUCAGAGGGCUAUCUCCUUCUCGCUUCCCCCUUCUUCCUCCUCCUUCUCCUCCACCAUCCUCCUCCCUCCCUCAAUCCUCUCCUCUUAUCUUAUCAAUGUGCUGGUAACCUCACCAUCCCUUCGUAGUUAUCCACCACUCCAGAGACCUGAAAGAGACUGAAAUAGUAAAGAAAAACACGGCAACACUUCUAAACAGACCCUUGCUCCACCUGACGGGAGUUUGGCAUGCCUCCUCACUCCAGUUGAGUGAGUUGUAGUAAGUGGAAGUAGAAGAGGGAUCCCUUGUUCAUACGCCUUCAUAAGGAGAUACAGCUCCUUGAGAAGGAGCCGAGAGAGGACCAGUCAUGCGUUUCCAAUUUGCGUUGACGCUGCAGGCGCUGUGGACUGGUGUUUGCCAGGCGGCCAUGCAGCACUACCCUGCAGCGUGGGGCCACUACGAUGUGUGUAAGUCCCAGGUUUACUCAGAUGAAGGCCUGACCUGGGACUACAUGGCCUGCCAGCCAGAGGCAGCAGACAUGACCCAGUACCUGAAGGUUACUCUGGAUCCCCCCAACAUCACCUGUGGAGACCCUCCAGAGACAUACUGCGCCCUGGAAAACCCCUACAUGUGUAAUAAUGAAUGUGACGCCAGCACCGAGGAGCUUGCCCAUCCUCCAGAGCUCAUGUUCGACAUCGAGGGCCGUAACCCCACAACCUUCUGGCAGUCCACAUCCUGGAAAAAGUACCCCAAGGCCCUCCUGGUCAACAUCACCCUAUCUUGGAACAAGACCAUCGAGCUGACAGACGACAUCGUCCUCACCUUCGAGUCAGGCCGGCCCGAACAGAUGGUCCUAGAAAAGUCGCUGGACUAUGGACGAACCUGGCAGCCCUACCAGUUCUAUGCCACUGACUGCCUGGACGCCUUCACCAUGGAGCCCAAGACGGUGCAGGAUCUGACCCAGCAUACCCUGCUGGACAUCAUCUGCACUGAGGACUACUCAAGAGGUUAUGUGUGGAAGUAUGACAAAACGGUGCGCUUUGAGAUCAAGGACCGCUUUGCGCUGUUUGCCGGGCCCCGGCUCCACAACAUGGCUUCACUUUACGGUCAACUGGACACCACCAAGAACCUGAGGGACUUCUUCACCAUCACAGACCUGAGAAUCCGCCUGCUCCGGCCUGCCACAGGAGCUACGAUGGUGGACGAGAACAACCUGUCCAGAUACUUCUAUGCCAUUUCUGACAUCAAAGUUCAGGGCAGGUGCAAGUGCAACCUUCACGCCAACAGCUGUGUAUAUGACAAAGAGAAGUUGAGCUGCGAGUGUGAACACAACACCACUGGCCCCGACUGUGGCCGCUGUAAGAGGAAUUACCAGGGACGAGCGUGGAGUGCUGGCUCCUACCUGCCUAUCCCCAAGGGCACGGCUAAUAUCUGUAUUCCCAAUAACAUUGGUCCAGUUAUUCGGCCGAAUGUCUCAUCUCUAGGUGUCGCUAACCGAAAAGAAGUAGCUCCUCAAGUUGCAUUGUCCACUGCCCCUUCUGUCCACAUUGCAAACAGCAAGCGAGAGUGUAAUUGUAAUCCCUUUGGCUCAGUCAGUGAUCGCUGUAAUGGCACAGGAUUUUGUAUAUGUAAGGAGGGCACAACAGGGCCUAAGUGUCAGGAGUGUCUACCCGGCUAUUUGUGGGACGAUGGCUGCAAAUCCCGGGUGUGUGACAACGAACUCCUCCGCUGCCAAAAUGGUGGGGUGUGUGUUAACAACGUCCGCUGCACCUGUCCAUCAGCCUAUACGGGCCUGCUGUGUGAGAAGCCCCGCUGCGAGACGGAGCUGGGGGGCUGCGGGGGCGCCGAUUCAGGCCAGUCCUCCCUGACGCCUCCGUCCAUCCCCGGGCUGCUGCUGCUGCUGCUGCUGGGCUCGGCACUGCUGAGAGAAGCCUCCUGCUGGCCCGCCGUGCUCUAAAGAGACCCAUGACCUGGUGGGAGCGAUACACUCCCCACCGCCUCCACCCCACCUUCCCAUCCCUCUUUCAAAUAAUCAACAACCAUUAAACAAGAACAACCAUGAGCUUUCUGGACUGUACUGUACGAGCUUCUCCGCCGCCAGGCUCAAUGGACACUCGCGCUGACGAUAAAGGGAAUGUGCCAGACAAAUGAGUGCAAAAACUUUUAAUUUAAUUACAAAGAAUAUAUAAAAAUGAAAAAACAUAUACUUCUAAAAAUGCCAGAUAUUAUUUAAAAAAAAAGAAAAACGAGUAACUGAGCGUUUGCCUAAUAAGAGUAUAAUGAGCAAAGAACAAUGAGACCCCGUCCCCCUCUAAGCCAUACCAGGUACUUGAGCUCCUUCCAGUUUGAGAAGGGAUAACUGAAGAUGACAGACUUGUUCACUUCCUCUCUUAUUGCCACGGCAACAACAGCUGCAACCAAUCAGCUCUCGCACGAGCCGACAGUGGCCCGCCGAUCCCCCCGGGAUGCUUCUGUGAGUUAAUGUUGGCUGGACUGACGCAGAAGAAAUCUCAAAGAAACCAUCCCCGCUGAAUGGCAAAGACUGGCCUCUGAAACAUAACCAUAUACUUCAAUACAACAAAAAGAGGAGAAAACACAGGAAGCAUUCUUUGCUGUCAGUGCAUUGUGGAUAGAAGGAAAUCUGUCCGGACUGCCACUUUGUGACACAAAAACCCUUGCCCAUGUCGAUUCCUCUCUAGCUUUCUGUCUCUCCUUCGAGCUCUAUCUCAUCCUCCCUCCUGUUCAUCCUCCCCCCCCCCUUCCCUCCCCUUCCUCCAAAUCCCCUCGCCAUGCUGCCACUGACCUGUGCUUUCGUGAACGUUACUCUGUAACCCUUGUUGGUUGAAAGAUUUUUUUGUCCGAUGUUAGUGAUGCACAUGUGUAAGAAGCCCCCCCAUUCCCUCCCCUUCUUACCUCUCUUCCAAAAAGAUACUCCAAUUAAAGCUGUCUGAUUCUUUUCUAUCUUAGAGCCACCACGCUCCCUACAAUCAUGGUCAGAGGAUAGUUUUCACCCAAGCAGAUGAGAAGUGCAUAGAAAUCCAUCAGUGUAUUUGCAAGUUCUUUUCUCGACAAAGCAAACAAAAAAAAAAGAGUCAUGUAGUCCUUUUGUAUCUUUGCCGAACUGUGAUUGAAAAAAGGCAACCUUUAUCUAUUUAAGACAUCCAAAUGCAAAAGCAAUUGUUUAUGGUUUUCUUUUCUUUUUUCCAUUUCUAUCAUUCACAUAUUUUAUUUGUUAAUAUUACUUUUAGUUGUGCAGUUGAUUUUCCUUUGUAUUGGCAACGUGCUGGCAUCAAAGAAUAUCAGUUUACAUAUACAGUAUUAAUAAAGUGUAAUAAAAUCCCACCAAAGGACAUUAUAAAUGUUUUGUUCUUGCUUUAACACUUGAGAAUUUAAGUGAAUAAAAGUUUCAAAAUUAAA